CACUCAUACCAGAAACAUGCACUAACAGGAUUUGCAACAUAUUUGUUCCAAUGAAAUUGUUUAAUCUGACAGGCCCUCAAUAGGUUACUGACGGCGUGACCCAUCUGCCGGUGUAUCCAACAAUGCUCAAAAGCAAGCUCAAAGGCAUGCCUUCUAAGGUUGGCAUGCCGAGGUGUUGGAUUGGUGUCAAGCGAUCUCUGGGAAUCUCACCAUUAGUCACCAAACGAACAAAGGUCAGCAACUUAAAAGUCCAAUCGGUUUAGCAAGUCGUGCACUCCUGUUAUCAGUUCAUGGC